AUGGCUACUGCACGCCCCGCCGAUGACAUGGCGGAGAAUGAGCGGCCGGCAGGUCGAUCUUCGCGUCCGCCCCACUCCCGCUACUCUCUCGUCAGCUUUCCCGGCCUCCCCAGUGACAACCGACCUCCCUCGGUCCACAUCUCCGCGGAUGAGUACAAGGCCAUAACAGACCUUGUCGAGCUCGCCAAAAAGUUCCUUGAUCAACAAGGUGGCGAUGUCACGACGUCGUCGACCCAAGAAGGCUCCCUUGACGCCUCAAAGGCCCCGAAGCAGGAUGGGCCUCUCGACCCCUUCGGCGCCAACUUCGACGCACGAGAGUGGGCCAAGUCAUUCUACCGCUUCCGUUCCGACAGCUGCGAAGUUCGCAAGGCGGGCGUGGCAUUCCGCAAGCUCACAAUCUCAGGCUACGGAGCUGACACAGCAUACCAGCAAACAGUAGGCAACGCAUGGUGGCUCACUGCCGUGGCGGCUGUGCGUGGUCUGUUGCGCAUCAAGCGUCAACAAGUGCGCAUCCUACAUAAUCUCGAAGGGGUGUUGAACGACGGUGAGAUGCUGUGUGUGUUGGGUCCACCGGGCAGCGGGUGUUCGACCUUCUUGCGGACAAUUGCGGGAGAUACGCAAGGCACACAAAUUGCAAAGACCGCCCACCUUAACUACCGCGGCGUGAGUGCCGAUGAGAUGAAGCAUUAUUUCAAGGGCGACGCCAUAUACACCGCCGAGGAGGAUGUUCAUUUCCCGGCGCUAUCGGUAGCGGACACGCUCUUCUUCGCGGCGCGGGCGAGGGCGCCCAAGACUCGGCCCGGGGGACUCACCGCUGAUGAGUACGCACGGAGGGUGCGCGACGUGACCAUGGCCAUGCUUGGUAUCCAGCACACGAUGGAGACACCCGUCGGUGGUACUGACGGUGACACGGUGCGUGGCGUGUCGGGCGGCGAACGCAAACGCGUGAGCAUCGCGGAGGCGGCGUUGAGCUUUGCGCCGAUUCAGUGCUGGGAUAACAGCACUCGCGGGCUCGACAGUGCCGCGACUGUCGACCUUUGCAAAACCCUGCGCAUCCAGAGCGACAUUAUGGGCAUGGCGAGCGCAGUGGCCAUUUAUCAGGCCCCACAGAUGGCCUACGAGUUGUUUGACAAGGUUCUGGUCCUCUAUGAUGGACGCCAGAUCUACUUUGGCAAGACAACGGAAGCCAAACGAUAUUUCCAGCGGCUGGGUUUCGUUUGUCCCCGGAACCAGACUACGCCAGACUUUCUGACCUCCAUGACCAGCCCAGCUGAGCGUGAAGGCAUCGUCAAGCCCGGGCACGAGGCAAAGGUCCCGCAUACCCCUGACGAGUUCGCUGAAGCGUGGCGAACGAGCAGUCACCGGCACCACGUUAGUGAGGAAAUAGACGCCUACGAUGCAUCCUUUUCGUUGAGCGGCUCACGCACCCACUAUGCCGACUUCUUGGCGAGCAAGAAAAGCGAUCAAUCGGGGCUGCAGCGGUGGAAGUCACCUUAUACCGUCUCAUACCCGCGGCAGGUCAUGCUGUGCCUUUGGCGCGCCCUCGCGCUGCUCAAGGCGGCGCCACAGAUGACGGUGAUGAUGCUCGUCAUUAACCUCUUCCAGACUCUCAUCGUGGCCAGCAUUUUCUUCCGGUUGCCAGACACUGCCGAGUCCAUGAAGUCGCGCAGCACCCUCAUGUUCACCGCCGCGCUGGUCAACGCCUUUGGGUGCGUGCUUGAGGUUGCGGCCUUGUAUGCCAAGCGCGACAUCGUCGAGAAACAUGUGCGCUAUGCGCUGUAUCACGCCUCGGCUGAGGCUAUUGCGGACUUGGUCAUGAGCUUACCCUACAAACUGCUGAACGCCAUCACGGUCAAUACACUCUUCUACUGGAUGUGCAACCUGCGCACGGAUGCCGGGUCCUUUUUAUUCUUCGUCCUUGUUCAGUUCGCCAUGACUCUUGCCGUGAGCUUACUUUUCCGACUGGUCGCUUCUGUCACCAAGAGCCACACGGCAGCCAUGGCCCCAUCGACAAUAGUCCUGCUCACGCUGUCGCUGUACACGGGUUUUGCGGUUCCUCCGAUGUAUUACAAGUCUUACACAGCGUGGAUCGCCAAGGUCAGCCCCGUGGCAUAUGGGUUUGAGGCCCUCAUGAUCAACGAAUUCGGUCACGGACGGAAAUUCCCUUGCAAACUCUUUGUUCCAUCUGGCCCAGGCUAUGAAAAUGCAGGAGCGAUGCCGCAAACCCGUGUAUGUGCCGCGCAAGGAGGUGUCGCGGGUGCCGAAUUCAUUGAUGGGAGCGCGUACAUUACCAAUGCGUUUGGGUACUCGGACAGCCACCGUUGGCGGAACGUCGGCCUCAUUUUUGUAUUUUCGGCCGCUUACUUUUUGCUGCACCUUCUGGCUACGGAGCUCGUUAGCAGCAAGAAGAGCAAACAGGAGAUGCUUGUCUUCCCAAGGGGAAAGAUCCCAAUUGGGCGCACCAAAGAUGUGGAGGAUCAUAUCACCAGGGGAAAGACGGAGGCGCCGAGCACCAGUACGAGCAUUCCUAUGGCAUCCCUGCCCGUCUCACCUGUUGCACCCGUCGUUGUCAAAAGAGGAUUUGCUGGCAUGUAUCCGUACACUGAUGGGGGCUCUCCGACCACGAGAUCUAAGAGGUUGCACUAUUCGGACACGGCCAGCACAAUCACAAAUUCUCCGGUUAAAGCCUGGAAUAUGCCGCCGCGGCAACGAGACAGAUCCGAGGACCAUACUGCCGGCGGUGACGAUAGCGGUGGAUUGUCUAUCGACCGCCAGACAGCCAUCUUCCACUGGAGCAACGUCUGCUAUGAAAUCAAGGUCAAGAAGAAUGAGACGAAGCGCAUCCUUGAUUGUGUGGACGGGUGGUGUGAGCCGGGGACCCUCACUGCCCUUAUGGGUGUUUCGGGCGCCGGCAAGACCACCCUUCUCGACGCCCUCGCCUCUCGCCUGUCCAUUGGCGUGGUGACGGGUGAGAUGCUGGUCGACGGGGCCCCCCGUGACGCCUCCUUCCAGCAGAAGACGGGCUAUGUCAAGCAGCAAGACCAACACUUAGUUACAUCAACGGUGCGUGAGGCACUCACCUUCAGCGCUGUCCUCCGCCAGCCUUCUCGAUUUUCCCACAAGGAAAAGAUCGCGUACGUCGAUAAAGUUAUUGAGAUUCUCGGCAUGGGAGAAUAUGCAGAUGCUGUGGUCGGCGUGCCUGGUGAGGGUUUGAAUGUGGAACAACGGAAGAAACUAACAAUCGGCGUUGAGCUGGCUGCUCGCCCCGCACUACUUCUCUUUUUGGAUGAGCCUACUUCGGGAUUGGAUUCGCAGACGAGCUUGUCUAUUUGCACUCUGCUGGAGACGUUGAGGGACAAUGGGCAGGCUAUCCUGUGCACAAUCCAUCAACCGUCAGCAGUUCUAUUCGAGCGGUUUGACAGGCUACUUCUUCUUGCUCGUGGGGGACGGACCGUCUACUUUGGUCAGAUUGGACGCAACGCCAAAGUCUUGCUUGACUAUUUCGUCCGCAAUGGUGGACCACAACCAAAGAAGGGACAGAAUCCGGCUGAGUACAUCCUCGACCAAGUCCACGCCAGUGAGGGUGGAAAUAAGGGCGUGGAUUGGCCAAAGGCAUGGCGGAAGAGCACUGAGUAUGGCAAAGUCAAGGCCCACCUGACGCGACUCAAAGAGAAAGGAAAUGGCUCGCACCACUACUCAACGCAACAGCAGCAACAGGAGGACCCCCCUUUUGCCGCUCCUUUGGCGGUCCAGUUCUCUGAGGUUACUAGGCGUUUGUCGCGACAUUACUGGCGCAACCCAAGUUACAUCUAUUCGAAGGUACUACUGACUUUCGGCGCGGCCCUCUUCAUCGGACUCUCGCUGCUCAACUUGCCCAACACGCAGGUGGGAAUCACGAUCCAGACCAUCGCCAUCUUCAUGUUCCUCACGACGCACCUAAACCUCAUUCAGCAGAGCGUACCCGUGUUCAUGACGCAACGCACGCUCUAUGAAGGCCGCGAGCAGCUCUCACGCACGUACUCGUGGUCGGCAUUUAUGGGGGCUCAAAUCGUUGUCGAGAUGGCCUAUAACGCGGUCAUGGCCCCUCCGGCGUUCCUGGCAUGGUACUAUCUGGUUGGACUGAACCGCAAUGCGGCAGAGACACACCAGACCGCCGCACGAGGCGGGCUGGCGUUUCUGUUCAUGCUCGUCUUCUUCCUUCAGGCCAGCACGUUUGGGCACAUGAUUGGAGCGGCCUUCAACCUCGCCGACCAAGCCGCCGGUAUCGGGAAUCUGUUAUUUGUUAUGAUGUUUAUCUUCAACGGCAUUCUCGCCUCGCCUCCAAAGUUCUGGGUUUGGGUGUAUCGCGUCAACCCAUUCACCUAUCUUGUUGAGGGGCUCUUAGGAACAGGUCUCGCCAAUGCGGCCAUCCACUGCGAGAACAAUGAGUUUCUACACAUCAAUCCGCCCCCGGGGCAGAACUGUGGCCAGUACCUGCAACCCUUUGCCUCCCAGGCGGGCGGAUAUCUUGCUGAUCCGGCCGCUGCUGAGAAUUGCAGUUUCUGCACAACAAGCAAUACAAAUCAGGUGCUGGCUGGGGUGCAAGUGGAGUUCAGCAAUCGCUGGCGAGACUUGGGCAUUUUGUUCGCAUUCGUGUUCUUCAAUGCCAUCGCUGCUUUGGGUUUCUACUGGCUCCGUGUUCCCAAGCCCAAGAAAGAUAAAGGUGGCAACUCACGAACGUCCACGUCACCACCGGGCCAAGAUGGUAACAGCCCAGAUCAUACUGCAGAUUGGAACCAUCUCGAGGUAACGGAGAGGCAAAGGAGUUUCGGCAAUGGGUCAUCCAAAUAUCCCUCAAGGAAGUCUAGGAACUUGGCGGGCAACUCCUUCCAGGCCUCACGAGCCAGUGCGCUUAGAUCACUUCGGUCAUCCAUCAUGGGUGGCAGUCAAGUGCUCAGGGACAAUGCGAAGAGAUACUGGGAUGACGACGGAUAUGAUACUGACGACACUCGGAUGAUUGACCCUGCAGUAGAGGCAGGUUUGGAUACUUUGAAUGCGGGUGAAGAAUGGGAGCAGGACGUACCCGUGGAGUUUAUUAUGCAAAAGCCAGCGGCAAAACCUCAUUAA